AUGUCUCUCAAACUUCUAUUGGUGUUGUUUUUUCUUGUUACAUUUGUGGCAAGUAAAGAUGUUAGUUUCAUCUAUAAUAAUGGAUUCCAAUCAUCUCACUUGUAUCUUGAUGGUAUUGCUGAGUUAACCUCUAAUGGCAUACUAAGACUCACCAAUGACACCAAACAAGAAAAAGCACAUGCUUUCUAUCCAAAUCCUAUAGUUUUCAAAAACACUUCCAAUGGAAGUGUUUCUUCUUUCUCAACCACUUUUGUAUUUGCCAUAAGACCUCAAUAUGCAACUCUUAGUGGUCAUGGAAUUGUUUUUGUUGUUUCUCCAACAAAAGGGUUGCCAAAUUCACUGCAAAGUCAGUACCUUGGUCUCUUUGGCAAAUCCAACAAUGGAAACAGUGGCAACCAUGUUUUUGGGGUGGAACUUGAUACUAUUCAAAGCAGUGAGUUUAAUGAUAUAAAUGAUAACCAUGUUGGUAUUGAUAUCAAUGAUUUGAAAUCUGCUGAAUCAGCUCCUGCAGGAUAUUAUGAUAGUAAUGGUCAGAAGAAGAAUUUGACCCUUUAUAGUGGCUAUUCUAUGCAGGUAUGGGUUGAAUAUGAUGGUGAAAAGAAGAAGAUUGAUGUUACUUUAGCUCCUAUUGAUGUUGUUAAGCCAAAACAACCAUUGUUAUCGUUUGUCAAAGAUCUUUCUCCAAUUCUUAACAAUAGUAUGUAUGUUGGAUUUUCAUCAGCUACUGGAUCAGUUUUUACUUCUCAUUAUAUUCUUGGUUGGAGUUUUAAGGUUAAUGGUCAAGCUCAAAACCUUGUGAUUUCUAAACUUCCUAAGCUACCAAAAUUUGGUGAGAAAAAACAAUCCAAAUUUUUAACUGUUGGGUUACCUUUGCUUUUGUUAAGUUUGGUUUUCAUGAUAACUUUAGGGGUUAUUUAUUAUAUAAAAAGGAAGAAGAAAUUUGAAGAGUUGCUUGAAGAUUGGGAACAUGAAUAUGGCCCACAUAGAUUUAAGUUCAAAGAUCUAUACUUUGCCACAAAGGGUUUCAGAGAAAAGGGGCUAUUGGGAGUUGGUGGAUUUGGUAGAGUCUACAAAGGUGUGAUGCCAGGUUCCAAAAUUGAGGUUGCUGUGAAGAGGGUGUCUCAUGAAUCAAGACAAGGAAUGAGGGAAUUCGUUUCGGAAAUUGUUAGUAUCGGUCGUCUUCGUCACAGGAAUCUUGUUCCGCUUCUCGGCUAUUGCAGACGAAACGGCGAGUUACUUCUGGUCUAUGAUUACAUGUCUAAUGGAAGCUUAGACAACUAUCUGUACAACCAACCAAGAGUGAGGUUGAAUUGGAGUCAAAGAUUUAGAAUCAUCAAAGGGGUUGCUUCGGGUUUGUUUUAUCUACACGAAGGAUGGGAGCAAGUUGUGAUUCAUAGAGACAUAAAAGCUAGUAAUGUGUUAUUAGAUAGUGAAUUGAAUGGUAGAUUGGGAGAUUUUGGUCUUGCAAGAUUGUAUGAUCAUGGUGCUGAUCCUCACACAACUCAUUUGGUUGGAACUGUAGGGUAUCUUGCUCCUGAGCAUACUAGAACAGGUAAAGCAACUAAAUUUUCUGAUGUGUUUGCUUUUGGUGCAUUUCUUCUUGAAGUUGUUUGUGGUAGGAGGCCUAUAGAUCAUGUAGGAGAAAAUGAGAGUGUAAUUCUUGUUGAUUAUGUGUUUGAGUGUUGGAAAAGAGGUGAUAUUCUUGAGGCAAAAGAUGUAAAUUUGGGAAUAUAUUAUGUGUCUCAAGAGGUUGAGUUGGUGUUGAAACUUGGCAUGAUGUGUUCACAUUCAGAGCCUGUGGCUAGACCAAGUAUGAGACAAGUUGUGCAGUAUUUGGAGAUGGAUAUACCAUUGCCUGAUUUGUCUUUGCUUAGUUUAUCUACUUCAGGAUUAACGUUUGGGUACCAAGAACAUUUUGAGGAUUUUCCAAUGUCUUAUCCAUCUUCUAUGGACAAGACAAUGUCGCAUUCUUCUAUGUCUAUCGCUGAAUCGCAUCUCUCCGGUGGUCGUUGA